UCUUCUCCCAUCGCCGACAUGCCCAGGAAGGAGCGCGACAGCGAGAGGCGGCGGCGGCGGCGGCGGCGCAGCCGGUCACCGUCCGACUCGGAGGAGGCCUCCGAGUCCAGCGAGUCGCCCCGACGGAGCCGGAGCCGGCACCGCCGCAAGAGCCGCCGGAGGGACACCCCGUCAUCCAGCGAUGCGAGCGAUUCCCAGGCGUCGGACUCCGGGUCGGACUCCGGCGAUCAGCGCCGGAGGAAGAGCGGGAGCCGGAGGCGAGGGGAGGUUACUGAGGAGCAGAUCGUGGAGUACAUGGCUAAGAAGGCGCAGAAGAAGGCAGAGAAGGUGGCGAAGAAGAUGAAGGCGAAUGCUGUGUCGGGGUACUCCAAUGACUCAAAUCCCUUUGGCGAUCCCAACCUGACAGAGAAAUUUGUUUGGCGAAAGAAGAUUGAGCGUGAUGUAUCUCAAGGGCAAAAGGUGGACAUUUCCGUCAAAGCUGAAAAGAAGAAACAGAGAGAAAGAAUGGCUGAAAUAGAGAAGGUUAAGAAAAGAAGGGAGGAAAGAGCAAUCGAAAAGGCACAGCAUGAGGAGGAAAUGGCAUUGUUAGCAAGAGAAAGAGCACGUGCCGAGUUUCAGGAUUGGGAGAAGAAAGAGGAAGAGUUUCAUUUUGAUCAAAGCAAAGUUAGGUCUGAGAUCAGGCUACGUGAGGGGCGCACAAAACCUAUUGAUGUUCUCCUGAAAAACCUCAAUUUCACAGAAGAAUUUGAUGUGGAGUUAAAUGAGCCCUAUUUGGUGUUCAAGGGAUUAACAGUGAAGGAGAUGGAGGAGCUACGUGAUGACAUUAAGAUGCAUCUUGAUCUUGACAGGGAAAGCCAAAUAAAUGUCAAAUACUGGGAGGCACUCAUGGUUGUAUGUGACUGGGAGCUAGGUGAGGCUCGAAAAAGAGAUGCCUUGGAUCGGGCUAGGGUGCGCGGUGAGGAACCACCCCCUGAGGUUCUUGCGGAAGAGAGGGGCUUACAUGCAAGUAUUGAGGGUGAUGUAAAGGAUCUUUUGGAGGGCAAAACUUCCACAGAGCUAGAAGAGAUGCAAACUCAAAUUGAGUCCCAAAUGCGCUCUGGAACAGCAAAAGUAGUUGAAUAUUGGGAGGCCAUUCUGAAACGCCUUCAUAUUUACAAAGCAAAGGCUUGCCUGAGGGAGAUCCAUGCUUCUCUCUUACGGAAGCAUCUACAUCGUCUGGAGCAUCCUGGGGCCGCUGAACAGGAUGAUGAAGCUGAGGAAGAAGUCGACGCUAAAGAGGAGGAUGCAAUGCAUGAUGAUGAUGAUGAAGAUGAUAGGCGAUAUUCACCUGAACCUAUAGCUGAGCAAACAGAGAGCCAUUUGGAUGAAGAGGCUGGAUCCUUCUCUCCUGAGCUAAUGCAUGGCAAUGAAGAUGAAGAUGCAAUUGAUCCUGAAGAGGACAAGGCAGAACUGGAUCGAAAACGUGAAGCUGUAGUUAUGGAGCAUCAGAAGAAAGUUCAGCAGGCUAUUGCAGUGAAGGCAAGAGUACCCGAUGAGAUGGAGGUGAAAGCAAUGAAAGCUAUGGGAGCUAUGGAGGAAGGGGAUGCUGUAUUUGGCUCAGGUGCUGAAGUGAACCUUGAUUCACAGGUUUACUGGUGGCAUGACAAAUACCGACCAAGAAAACCGAAGUACUUCAAUCGGGUGCAUACUGGAUAUGAGUGGAACAAAUACAACCAGACUCAUUAUGAUCAUGACAACCCUCCGCCCAAGAUUGUCCAGGGCUACAAGUUCAACAUAUUUUACCCUGAUCUUGUGGAUAAAUCAAAGGCACCGACAUACACAAUAGAGAAAGACGGGAGCACUGGCGAGACGUGCCUCAUUAGAUUUCAUGCCGGUCCUCCAUACGAGGAUAUUGCAUUCCGUAUUGUCAACAAGGAGUGGGAGUACUCACAUAAAAAGGGCUUCAAGUGCACAUUCGAGCGGGGGAUCCUCCACCUCUAUUUCAACUUCAAGCGCUACCGCUACAGGCGAUAAAAUACCAAGCAAGGAGCAGAAGUUGAUCUCCAUUCGGCUGUUAGAAGUUGAACCUGCAUUUCUUACCUGGCUGAGUAUGCAAAUAGCAUAAGCUUGCUCGGAUACAACGCUGGAGUAGAGUGCACACGCUCAUGCGAGAUCAUGUACUAAGCGAGAACAGAAUAUUAUCAUGUACUAUAUGCUGUUUAGGCCUUUGUUGGUUAGCCUUCUUGCAAAUAGCAGCAGGCACGCUGAAGUAUCCUGUGAACUCUCUCCAUAUUUUUUUUAAUAUGAUGUCGUUGAUUUUUAGG